UUGCGUCUGUUUCGUUCCAUCAUGUCUGACGUAAUAUUCGAUGACAUGUUUAUGGUCAAAAACAUUGACCCUGAUGGCAAGAAAUUCGACAGGUGCUCCAGGCUGUUCUGUGAUUCGGAAUCCUUCAGCAUGGAACUUAUAUUAGACGUGAACACUCAAAUUUACCCGAUAAAUCUGAACGACAAGUUUCGCUUGAUGAUCACUACUUCAGUCCGCGAUGAUGGCAUGCCAGAUGAAGGAGAAUUCGAUCCACAGGCCAAUUAUUCACGUGUCGCCCAGUUCGAGUAUGUGAUGUUUGGGCGAGUUUAUCGAAUUGAAGGCGACGACACAGGAUCAGAUGGAAGCAGAAUCGCAGCAUACGCUUCUUUCGGUGGCCUCCUCAUGAGGCUGAAAGGAGAGGCAUUCAAUCUUCACGGAUUCGAGUUGGAUUCCAACAUCUAUCUUCUGAUCAAGAAAGUUGAAUUCUAA